CCGAGUCCGGGCGAGCCGAUCCCGGCCAUGGAGGGUUCGGAGCCUGUCCCGGGGGGGAUGCGGCACUUCACCUGGGAGGAGAUCGGGCAGCGGAACGGACGGGGGCCGGCGCCGCAGGAGCGCUGGCUGGUGAUCGACAGGAAGGUGUACGACAUCAGCCACUUCUGCCGGAGGCACCCGGGAGGCUCCCGGGUCAUCAGCCACUACGCCGGGCAGGACGCCACGGAUCCUUUCAUUGCUUUUCAUCUUGACAAGGCACUGGUAAGGAAGUACAUGAACCCUCUCCUGAUUGGGGAACUGGCACCAGAUCAGCCCAGCUUUGAGCCCAGCAAGAACAAAAAGCUGGUGGAAGAUUUCCGUGAGCUCCGUGCCACUGUGGAGAGGAUGGGGCUUCUCCAGCCCAACCAUGCCUUUUUCAUCCUCUGUCUCUGCCACAUCCUGAUGCUGGAUGUUGCAGCCUGGCUCAUCAUCUGGUAUUUUGGAGCAUCCUUGGUGCCUUUCCUCUUCUCUGCUGUGCUUCUGGGCACUGUCCAGGCCCAGGCUGGCUGGCUCCAGCAUGAUUUUGGACACCUGUCAGUCUUCAGCAAGUCCAGGUGGAACCACUGGGUGCACAAGUUCGUCAUCGGCCACCUCAAGGGAGCCCCGGCCAGCUGGUGGAAUCACCUCCACUUCCAGCACCACGCCAAACCCAACUGCUUCCGGAAGGAUCCCGAUGUCAACAUGCACCCCUUGUUUUUUGCUUUGGGGAAAACCCUCUCUGUGGAGCUUGGUGUGCAAAAGAAGAAAUUCAUGCCUUACAACCACCAGCACAAGUACUUCUUCAUCAUUGGUCCCCCAGCGCUGGUGCCCCUUUAUUUCCAGUGGUACAUCUUCUACUUCGCUGUGCAGCGGAAGCAGUGGGUGGACCUGGCCUGGAUGCUGUCCUUCUACAUCCGAUUCUUCCUCACCUACUUGCCUUUCCUGGGCGUGAAGGGUACCCUGGGGCUCCACCUGUUAGUCAGGUUUAUAGAAAGCAACUGGUUUGUCUGGGUCACACAGAUGAAUCACAUCCCCAUGCACAUUGAUUAUGAUAAGAAUGUGGACUGGUUCUCUACCCAGCUCCAGGCAACCUGCAACGUUCAUCAGUCCUUGUUCAAUGACUGGUUCAGUGGCCACCUGAACUUCCAGAUAGAGCACCACCUUUUCCCUACAAUGCCACGGCACAACUACUGGAAGGUGGCCCCUCUGGUGAAGUCCCUGUGUGCCAAGCAUGGCAUUGAGUACCAGUGCAAGCCUCUGCUCACAGCCUUCGCAGACAUCGUGCACUCUUUGAAAGAUUCAGGGGAGCUCUGGCUCGAUGCUUAUCUACAUAAGUAAGCAGUAGUGGAUUCCUGCAGAGGAGUUCCCCAGCUUUGCUGCCUCCUGUGGUGGUCACCCUGAAGAUCUUGCACUGAGGAGAGCUGACUAAGCCAGAUUUGGGGAGGUGGUGCUGCUUAAUUCCAUGGAUGAAUGUAAUUAAUAUGAUUUUUCCUUUUU